AUGGAAACUGCUUGCGUUGAAUUUUUGAAACAAAGCUUGGGAGCUGACAAUGCUUUCAUGUUGCUUACACAGGCUCGUCUCUUUGAUGAACCUCAACUGGCCAAACUAUGUCUUGAAAUCAUAGACAAGAACACCUUCGAAGCCUUAAACGGCGAAGGCUUUACUGAUAUAGAUUUGGAGACAUUGUGUUUGGUGCUCGCCAGAGACACACUCAGGAUUAAAGAGGCACAGCUAUUUCAGGCCGUGGUGAGAUGGUCGACAGAAGAAUGCGCUCGUCGCGGACUCGAGCCAACUACAGAAAAUCGAAGGGCAGUAUUGGGUAGAGCCGUUCAACUUAUUCGUUUCCCUUUGAUGACUGUGGAAGAAUUCGCCCAGUCUGCCGCUCAGUCUGGCUUGCUUACGGAUCGUGAAGUGGUUAAUUUGUUCCUUUACUUCACAGUCAAUCCCAAACCAUCGAUUGGAUUCAAUGACAAUCCACGGUGUUCUGUGGCUGGUAAGGAGUUGGUUGUCAGUCGCUUCCAACGCAUUGACGGACGCUGGGGUUACAGCGGCACUCCAGAUAGGAUAAAAUUCACUGUUGAUCGAAAAAUUUACGUAGUCGGGUUUGGUUUAUACGGAGCUAUACAUGGACCACAC